AUGGAUUCAGUGAUGAUUCCGGGCACCAUGCUGUUAUUCCUCUUCUCCGUCCUCUGCGCCAUUCUCGCCGUCGCCCUUGGAGACCUGCCGGCGGACUCCGGCGUGCUCCUGCUACUGAAACACGGGCUCACCGACAGCGAAGAUCUUCUCCGGGACUGGUCCGCCGACGGCGACCCCUGCCGGUGGAAGGGAGUCGCCUGCUCCAGCGAAGGAGAUCGCGUGGUGGGGCUCAACCUCUCCGACUCCGGCCUUCUGGGAACGAUCCCCCCGGAACUUGGGAGGCUUCUCUCUCUCCAGAGCCUCGACCUCUCUUCGAACUCCCUCACCGGGCCCAUCCCGCCAGAGCUGGCCAUGCUCGAUGAUCUCAGAGAACUUAUUCUUUACAGCAACUCCCUCUCUGGCAACAUCCCGCCGGAGAUUGGCCGCCUCAGAAAGCUGCGAGUUCUCAGGGUAGGAGAUAAUAUGCUCUCCGGAGAGAUACCCCCCCAACUGGGCAACUGCACCGCCAUGGAGAUUCUCGGUCUCGCCUCCUGCCGGCUCAGUGGGAGUAUCCCCAGGGAGCUCACUAAUCUGAAGAGCUUGAGUAUGCUCAAUUUGCAGAGGAACCAGCUCGCCGGGGUGUUGCCGGAGGAGGUGAUAGCGGGUUGCAGAGGGCUGCAAGUUCUCUCCGCCGCCGACAACCUCCUGGAAGGAGAGAUCCCUCCGGCGAUCGGAGGAUUGAUGGGUCUGCAAACUCUGAACCUCGCCAACAACAGCUUCUCCGGUCUGGUUCCGCCGGAGCUGGGGAAGAUGACCGGAUUGAGGUACCUGAACUUGCUCGGGAACAAGCUGAGCGGCGCCAUUCCGGCGGAGAUCAACCGGCUGAGCCAGCUGGAGGUGCUGGACAUGUCCGGGAACGAGCUCUCGGGGGAAAUCACCAUCUCCACCGUGAAAAUGAAGAGCCUCCGGUACCUCGUCCUCUCCGACAACUCCCUCACCGGCGGCGUCCCCGGCGACCUCUGCCCAUCGCCGUCGAGCCUUCAGACUCUAUACCUUUCGGGGAACAGGCUCUCCGGUGAGGUCCUCUCAGGGCUUCUGAACUGCACCUCCCUCAGGUCGCUGGAUCUCUCCGGCAACGGCUUCACGGGGGUCAUCCCCUCCGGCGCCGGCGAACUCAGGAACUUGACCGACCUGGUUCUGCACAACAACAGCAUCACUGGGUCCCUCCCAUCGGAGAUCGGGAAUCUGACCAACCUGGAGACGCUCUCUCUCUUCCACAAUGAUCUCACUGGUUCGAUUCCGCCGGAGAUUGGGAGGUUGCAGAGGCUGGUCGUCUUCUUCCUUUACGAGAACCAGAUGUCAGGAAUAAUCCCCCGAGAGCUCACCAAUUGCUCGAGCUUGGAGGAAGUAGACUUCUUCGGGAACCAUUUCUCCGGAGAGAUCCCCAUCAUGAUCGGCGACCUGAGGAACCUCGCGGUGCUCCAGCUGAGACAGAACGACCUGGUGGGUCAGAUCCCGGCGAGCUUGGGCAACUGCACCAAGCUUCUGGCCAUCGCCAUGGCGGACAACAGGCUACGGGGAGCUCUCCCUUCCUCUUUCUCUCACCUCACAGAGCUAAGCGUCCUCUCUCUCUACAACAACUCCCUGGAGGGGCCAUUGCCGGAGAAUCUUUUCUUGCUGAAGAAACUCACCAUCGUCAACCUCUCCCACAACAGGUUCUCCGGCGAGAUCUCCCCUCUGCUAGGCUCGAGCUCUCUGGAAAUAUUAGACCUGACGAGCAACAGGUUCUCCGGGGAGAUCCCUGGGGAGCUCAUCCAGUCGAGGAACCUGACUCGCCUCCGACUCGGGCACAAUCUUCUCAGCGGGGGAGUACCUUCCGAGUUGGGCGAGCUCGAGAUGGUCGAAUUCCUGGACUUGUCGUCCAACAACCUCUCCGGUGAGAUCCCGCCAGAGCUCUGCAACUGCAAGAAGCUCCACCAUCUCCUCCUCGACGGGAACAUGUUGACGGGGACGCUGCCCACCUGGUUAGGAACCCUAAAUUCGCUCGGAGAGCUAAACCUGUCUUUGAACAAGCUCCACGGGGAAAUCUCUCCGGCGAUCGGAAGCUGCUCGGGCCUCCUCAAGUUCUCUCUCCAGGGCAACUAUCUCUCCGGCAGGAUCCCGCCGGAGAUAGGCAACCUCACCGCCCUGAACGUCCUCAACCUGCAGAGCAACAAUCUCUCUGGGGAGAUUCCCUCGACAAUCAGAGGCUGCAACAAGCUCUUCGAACUGAGACUCUCAGAGAAUUCCCUGACGGGUAGAAUCCCACCGGAGCUAGGGCAGAUGACGGAGCUGCAGGUGAUGCUGGACUUGAGCAGGAACCAGCUUUCCGGCGAGAUACCCUCCUCCCUCGGCGACCUGGUCAAGCUGGAGAGGCUUAACCUCUCCUUCAACCAGCUCCAUGGCCGAAUUCCUCCCUCGCUUGGGCGCCUCACCAGCAUCCAUAUCCUGAAUUUAUCCUACAACCUCCUGGAAGGGGAGCUCCCUGGUGCACUCUCCAACUUUCCCGUCGUCUCCUUCCUCGGCGACGGCGGACUCUGCGGUGGGCCUCUCCCUCCCUGCAACACGCCGCCGGGCCCUUCCCGGAAGCAGCUCUCCGACCCCGCCGCCGCCGGAAUCGUAGCGGCCAUCGUUUUCAUCUCGACGGCGAUUUGCCUGAUUUUGCUCAUCGUCAUGCUGAGGAUCUGGUCCAACUGGAGGGAGGUCUCUGUGUCGACCGACAAGGAAGAGGACGACGACGGAGGAUGGAGCAGCGGCGAGUACUGGAAGGCGGCGAGCUCCGCGGUUGUUCUGGUCACCCCCACAGGGAAGCAGAAACCUGCAAAAUCCGACUCAGGAACCUGCAUCUUUCAGCUGAAGAUGGAGCCGCCGGGUACCAAGCUAAUCGGAGACGUCUAA